CUAGUUACUCGCACGCAAACAUCUCGCUGGAGAGAGAGAACACGAACACAAAAGGAAAUAGUAGUUUUCCGUACGUAUCGAAUCGAGCCCAGCCCAGAAAAGCGGAAAACGAAACAGAUUCGACAGCGGUUGCAAAGUUAACUAAACUGAGUCAUCACCCCUCUGCACAACAUGCAAACCAUCAAGUGCGUGGUCGUCGGCGACGGAGCUGUGGGUAAGACAUGCCUGCUCAUCUCGUACACAACCAACAAGUUCCCAUCGGAGUACGUGCCCACGGUGUUCGACAACUAUGCGGUCACCGUGAUGAUCGGCGGCGAGCCCUACACACUGGGUUUGUUUGAUACGGCCGGACAGGAGGACUACGAUCGGCUGCGUCCGCUUUCCUAUCCCCAGACGGAUGUCUUCCUGGUUUGUUUUUCGGUGGUCAGUCCCAGUUCGUUCGAGAACGUCAAGGAGAAGUGGGUGCCCGAGAUCACACACCAUUGCCAAAAGACACCGUUCCUGCUGGUGGGCACGCAGAUUGAUCUGCGCGACGAGACCAGCACGCUGGAGAAGCUGGCCAAGAACAAGCAGAAGCCCAUCACCAUGGAGCAGGGCGAGAAGUUGGCCAAAGAGUUGAAGGCCGUCAAGUAUGUGGAGUGCUCGGCCUUGACACAGAAGGGCCUGAAAAAUGUAUUCGACGAGGCCAUCCUGGCCGCCCUGGAGCCACCAGAGCCCACAAAGAAAAGGAAGUGCAAAUUCUUAUAAUUCUUCUUUCCCCCCACACGCGGUAUCCCUUUCAUUCUGGCUUUCUACUAUCGCAAUGACUCCUUCCCAGCCUCCCAACGUCGAGAAGCGUUCAAUAUAUAGCCAUAUAUAUAUUUUA